UAAAGGUUCUGCUAAACCCCGUCCUGCACGGUAAUGACAGUAGCGGCUGGGGCUUCAGCUCUGGGCUUUAAGAGCUUGACAACCCAGCAGGCUGCAGCUCCCGCACGUGAAUUGUGGCCCGCCCUGUCUCAGGUGCAGGUUCACAGCAGGCGGACUCUGAUCUGAGGGGGGGAGGUGUAGGGACGGCGCUGCUGUGAGGGGAUUUGCCCUCUCAACUCAGCAAGAAAAUUGGGAAGAGGAGAAUGAAAGACUUAAGAUGGAGCACCACACAGUGGCAUUUAAUGUCGUGGGAUGGAUAUCCUCUCUCUCUCUCCCUGCCAAAUGUGUUGGCUGUGAACUUAAAAGGAGAUUUGCCGCUGCAGACACUGAACCUCUGACCUUCUCACCACACUGGCUGCCUGACUUUUGACUUCAGAGGAACAAAGCCAGAAGUGUAUUUGGACCCCAUCCCUAAUGCAGGGCCUUAAAAGAGACAGAUCUUUCUGAGAAGCAGGUGUGCUGAUCAGCUUAUGUGUGUGGCCAGAGACAUCUGUUAAAUUCCUAAUGAUGGAAUCUUCACCUCGUGAAUGCAGUGGAAGGAUAUGUCCUGUCUACCUCCAUCACAGGACAUGAGCAAGACCAGGGCAGGUGUCUGUAAAUUCGUGUGUGGCAAGAAGAAAAACAGGCUUAUUUUCUGUUCUGCUGCAAAACCAAGGGGUAUUACAUAAAACCUGGCAUGGAACAGGUUAAGAAAACAAAGAAAACCACAAAGAAAGCAAAAAGGAAGUUGUUCUGUCCACAGCAUCUUGUUAAAGGGCAGAUUUCUCACAGGCAAUUUUGUAGUCUGCUAAAAGUUUACAUGGGUUCAAUGAGAAAGUGCAUUAUGUCAAAUGAGGACUAUUAGUAGACUGUCGUGAUGAGCUUAGAAUCAUGGAAUCAUUCAGGUUGGAAAAGUCCUCUAAGAUCACGGAGUCUAAUUCCAAUGCCAUUCCCACAGUGCUGCCAAGGCCACCACUAAACCACGUCCCCAGAUGCCACAUCUACAUUUUUUGAACACUUCCAGAGAUGGUGAUUCUGCCACUGUCCUGGGCAGCCUCUUCUAGUGCCUGAAUGAAGCAUUCUGCGAGGAGUAUAUCUCUACUAUCUGUGGAAAACGAGGUUCACUUUCCUGGUAAAAUUUAAAAAGUUUAAUAAAAAGACAGUAGGAGACAGAAAUAAAGGAAAGGGUUAAAAUCAGCCAAGAGCACACUUAUCUUCAGAGAGACCUCUCAAAUACCUUUUCCAUUAAAUCAGUGUGUUGCGUAUUCACAGAAUUUAGCAUAUUCAUAUUUCUCUAUAAACUAGCUUACCUAUUCCAGGAACUAUUUUGCAUGGUCCCGCCUUGGUCUGCCUUUUUAGAGUACGCGUGUUUCUUGGCUGUGGUUUUGGUCCUUUCUCUUUGUCACUUCCAGUUUGGGCCUUUAUCCAUGCUUCCUUCAGACGGCAGAUGCUGAUAGUUGGCAUAUCAAUAGCAAGGUCCUCAGGACAUGUUCACUGGAUGUUAUCCCGACUAAAGAGACAGCUCACUCUUAACGAUAUCAGCUACCACUACUACCAUGUCUAAGCUUUUGUUAAUAGCAAAAAAGCAAAGUUAUUUUAACAUUGUACACGUAGUAUUCAUCUUAAUAUUUGUGAAAAGCCAACAAUAUAAUAUGUAUUUCUAACAUAUCCAAACGAAACCACCCCUGGUGCAACUUGAGGCCACUUCCCCUUAUCCUGUCCCGUGUUCGCUGGGAGCAGAGCCUAACCUGUCUGCACUCACAGUGUUUAACACUUUUUUCUCUCUCAGUUAUGGCAAAGCCAUAAAGGCUAACUGAUCCCAAAAUCCUGCACACCCUUAUUCUCAUAACAGCUAUCAUCUCUCCAGGGCGGGUAAGGUCACUGACCCAGCAGAAAAGUAACAGUGCUGUAAAAAAGGUUUGCUGGCAGCGGUUAGCUGAAGCAGGGCCAGCCCCAGGACGGGGGCCGGGGGCUCUGAUCCGCUGCCAGGGGCUGCCAGCAGCUGGCAGGACUGAGCCUUUAAGCCAAGCGUGAACGAGGAGAGACGUUUUAACAUCUCAUUUGGGGGCACUAGCAGAGAUGAGAGCAGCUCAGAGCACUGUCCGCUGCAGUUUCAGAGGCAAUGGCCCCGCUGUGGCCCCUGCCCGCCGCCGGAGCACGGCUGGCACGGCAGCCGCCAUCCCCCGCAGGGACCGAGCUGCUGCUUCCAGGGCUGGAGGGGACCUGUGGGGACGGCAGCGCUGCCUCCUGUGAGGCUUCUCCUGCAUCCUCUGGCACGGGUGUGACCAGCCACGCCAGGGCUGUGCUCCGGGACGGGACAGACGGGUCUGUGCCCUAAGGAGAAGCCGCUCCUGGCCGCCCUGCAGCGCGGCUGCCCCGAAAGGGUUACGAGAAGGGCUCCGCCCUUCCUGUACAUCGGUGUCCGCUUGGGUGACCUUCCCGGCAGCCCUUGCUGGCUCUGCCCCAACCGAACAAAGACGACAGGAGGUUUUCAAACAGCCGCUUCCCUGAAGUUGGCUGCGGUAGAGCUGGGCUGCGCUGGCUGCUCCCGGCCGCCGGAGAACGCGGCAGCGAGUUGGUGCCGUCGCCUGAGAGGACCCCGGCAGCCGUCGGGAGUCCCUGUACAGGACAGUGUCCUCCCCAGACCCAAGGGCAGGCUCUGCAGCACCAGCAGUUCCCACGUGGAGUUUCCACAGUUCUGCUUGCCGUGACCUUCUGGGCCACCAGGGAGACACAGUGGAGUCCUGCCAGCCUCGUGCGAUGACCCAUCACUUGCCAGGACUCUCUCCAGGCUUCCUGAGACAUUGAGUUGCUGCUUCUGAUUCCUCACUGCUGCUGGCGGGGUGGGAUUGAUAUCCAGUUCAGGACACUGGGAAGAGCCAAGCCCGUCACCAUCCUCUGUGCCCUUGGCAGACUGGGGGACCAAGCUGGACCCCUCUCUCUAAAGGGGCUCCACGUGAGCGAGGGACAGGCGUGGGGCUGUCCAUAUUCACUCUGGCGGGAAGAGCCACCUCCUUCACCCUUUCCACCUGGGAACUGUGUCACUGCUGGGGAUGGCACCACAUGGACUCAGAGCAAGGACCAGGAGCCUGGCAGCAAGGCACUAGCUGAGCCUGAGCACCAUCACGGGGCAUAGAGCUGCCUGGGGGGUGCCAGCAUCCCCACCACGGAUGCACUCCGGGGAUGUAGGUGCCGGGCACAGGAGGAGUCCUGGCAGCAAUGGGCCGGCUGGAUGACCACGCCAAGAGGAGGAUCGUGGAGCUGCGCAGGGCUGGGCUGAGCUUCCGCAAGAUCAAGAAGGUGCUGGAGCUGGAUGACAUCCGGGUGACGCCGCAGGCCGUGUACCUCUUCCUCAAGAGGAAGAGUGUGGAGCCGGGGUCAGUGGCAUCUGGCUGGGAUGGGGACCAGCCCUGGCCCCCGCUGCAGGGGCAUGAGGCUGAGCCCCCCAGGCUGCUGGGCACCCAGCACCCUGCACUGCCCACCGGGGAUCCUAUGGGCAGCCGGGCGUCCUGCAGUGCUGGCAGCCAGGACACCAAGGAAGGCAUCCAGAUUGUCAGUGUGGCCUCACUCUGCAAGGACGGUGGGCAGCUUGGGGACACUGUGGCUACGGGGCUGGCCCCUGGAAAUGGUGAUGACAGCUCCUCAGGCACAGCCCUGGCUCCAGGGACUGCUCUGGGGGGCCUUGCCUCCCUGCCCCAGCCACUGCCCAGCCGAGGGCAGCUGGUCAUGCCUCCCACCCAGAACUCAGCUCUGAUGGUGAAAAAGAAGACAGUGGACAGGGCUAUCCUCUUGCAGAAAAAGGUCAAAGAUGCCAGCACUCAGACUGCCUUGCCAAACUCUGUGGAUCCAGAAAAUCGCAGCCUUGCUUGGGGCGGAGCAGUGCCCCCAGCUGCUCCCAGCUGCCCUGCCAUCACCGAGAAGCUGGAUGCUGUACAGAUGGAGGUGCAGAAGCUGAGCCAGGCCCUGCAUGCGGUGCUGGAGCGGCAGUGCCGCCUGGAACGCCAGCAGGAGCACCAGCAGCGGCUGCAGCAGGAGGUGCUGAUGACACUGCAGCAGCUCAGCUCCACCAUGAGCCACGGCUCUGUGCCAGCCACCCAGUCCUGCGGCCCCUUCAGCAGCAUGGCCGAGCCCUCACCCAGCAUGCCAAACUUCAGCCAGUUCAAGAUGGAGCUGAUGUGAGCCCCCACAAGGCCUGUGCUAGUGGAGCCGGCUGGAAGAACCGUCUCUCAGAGGCUGCCAAGGAUUACAUGCAGCACCCAGCAGAACGUUCCUGGUGCCUCAUGUUCCCAGCCCUGCUGACUGGAAGGGACUGCCUGGCACGAGAGGCUGGACAGUGGAAGACUGAGGCCUUGCUCCUCCUGUGCUGCUGAUCCUGUGGCACUGGAGCUGACUGGGGCCCAUGGACCUGAGCAGAAGGCAGUUGCCUGCAAGGAGAAGAUGCAGCUAACAUGGACACAGAAGGGAGGUGGGACUCCAAGGAUACAGAAAGCUUCCUUCCCAUGAGGGUCAAUGCCAUGAAGAUCAAUCUUGCUCUCCCCUCCACAGAAGCUUGUUCAGUAAAAAUGUGUCUAUGCCACGGUUCAGAAUCAGUGUGGGAUCAGUAUCUGCCUAUUCCCUACCCCUCACCCCAGCCCGUGAGCAGGCUGGAUCUGUCUGGGUCACUAUCACCACGCAUGGAACUGCACAGGGUGCAGAAACCCAUGAGGUGAGACCAGCGCUCCACACAUGAUGAUGUUGGAGCCUGGUAUCAGCUGCUGCACCAUUAGGGAUAGAUCAGACUUGUAGGAAACAAUCUUUUACUGAGCAGAUUUCACCCUCCUCACCCCACAA